AUGUUUCACAGCAUAGAGAGACGCCUUCGAGCGGAGAAAUAUGGCCCUAUUCUUGAUAAUAUGGACUUUCUUUCUCGCGCGUAUUUUGAAGGGCACCCCGAUGUCUGCCGGUCUGAACCGAUGGAUCACGAGAGCUGGGCGGAAAUAAAACCCUCUAUACUCGAUCUCCUUCGUUGUAUUGAGAAGGAGCAGGUGGCUCGGAGGGAGAAAGCCAAAGAUGACGAUAACAGCGAUGAAGACUGGAACGAAGAGUGGGUAGGUGACGAUGGGAGUGCCGAUGAAGCACUCGGAACCGAUGCCGUCGACAGUGACGGUUAUUGA